ACAUUUCUAAAUGGAUCAGAGUCAGUUGUUGGAUAUUUCUUGAGCAAUCAUGUUGAUUGGUAAAAUUUUGAUAUUUUCUCUACUUAUCGGAUUCUUAGAGGCCCAGAUCUGCGAGGUGAAGCGGUUUAGCAGUGUGAAUGGAAAGCGUGUGGAAAGGAAAAUACAAACCUGCUGCAGGGGAUACCGACGAUUGGGAAAGGGGCCAAAGAUUAGAUGUGUGGCCACCUGCCAGCGGAACUGUGGGAGUGGCACGUGCUCCAAACCAAAUGUUUGCACCUGCAACAGUGGAUACAAAAACUUUAACAAUGUCCCCUCUAAUCGUUGUAUUCCGGCCUGCAAGGGUGGCUGCAGCAAGGGCACAUGCCAGUCUCCCGGACGGUGCGUCUGCUCCAAGGACCACAUUCUGGACACCGCCAGCGGCAACUGUCUGCCUCACUGCCCCAGCGGCUGUCCCAACGGCAGCUGCGUACUGCCCAACAAGUGCAACUGCAACGGAGGCUACUCGCUGAACGCCACCAGCCAGACAUGCCAUCCCAUCUGCGAUCAGAACUGUGCCUCGGGCAACGGUGUCUGUGCGGCCCCUAAUCACUGCGAGUGCAAGAAAGGCUACUUGCUGGACAAAGAAUCUAAGUCGUUUAUGUGUCGACCAGUAUGCAGCAUGGGCUGCGAUAACGGGGUUUGUCGCGCACCCGAUGUAUGCGAGUGCAAGAAGAACUACCAGAAGGGACCCGAUAGGAAUUGCGUGCCCAUCUGCGAUUACGAUUGCAUGAAUGGCAACUGCACGGCGCCGGACGUCUGUGAGUGCCACAAAGGUUACUCCCCCAUCAGCAAGUCGAUCUGCCUACCCGUCUGCAGCGGAGGGUGCCUGAACGGAUUCUGUGAAGCGCCAGAUCUCUGCACGUGCAACCAGGGCUAUAUGAAGCAGGGUAGCACCUGUGCGCCAGUUUGUGAGGGAGGAUGUGAAAAUGGCCUUUGCGAGUCUCCCGGAACGUGUACCUGCAACAAAGGAUACGGGAAGGAGAGUGAGAACAGAUGUGUUCCCAUCUGCGAGGCCGGAUGUGAGAACGGAUUCUGCGAGUCUCCCGGAAAGUGUUCCUGCCACGAAGGAUACGCAAAGGAGAGUGAGAACAGAUGUGUUCCCAUCUGCGAGGGCGGAUGUGAGAACGGACUCUGCGAGUCUCCCGGAAAGUGUUCCUGCCACGAAGGAUACACAAAGGAGAGUGAGAACAGAUGUGCUCCUAUUUGUGAGGAUGGAUGUGAGAACGGAUUCUGCGAGUCUCCCGGAAAGUGUUCCUGUAAAGAAGGAUACGCAAAAGAAAGUGAGAGCAGAUGUGCUCCCAUUUGUGAGGACGGAUGUGAGAACGGAUUCUGCGAGUCUCCCGGAAAGUGUUCUUGCAACGAAGGAUACGGAAAGGAGAGUGAGAACAGAUGUGUUCCUAUUUGUGAGGAUGGAUGUGAGAACGGAUUCUGCGAGUCUCCCGAAAAGUGUUCCUGCAACGAAGGAUACGCAAAAGAAAGUGAGAGCAGAUGUGGUCCCAUUUGUGAGGACGGAUGUGAGAAUGGAUUCUGCGAGUCUCCAGGAAGAUGUUCUUGCAACGAAGGAUACGCAAAAGAGAGUGAGAACAGAUGUGCUCCCAUUUGCGAAGGCGGGUGUAAGAACGGAUUCUGCGAGUCUCCCGGAAAGUGUUCCUGCCACGAAGGAUACACAAAGGAGAGUGAGAACAGAUGUGCUCCUAUUUGUGAGGAUGGAUGUGAGAACGGAUUCUGCGAGUCUCCCGAAAAGUGUUCCUGCAACGAAGGAUACGCAAAAGAAAGUGAGACCAGAUGUGCUCCCAUUUGUGAGGACGGAUGUGAGAAUGGAUUCUGCGAGUCUCCAGGAAGAUGUUCUUGCAACGAAGGAUACGCAAAAGAGAGUGAGAACAGAUGUGCUCCCAUUUGCGAAGGCGGGUGUGAGAACGGAUUCUGCGAGUCUCACGGAAAGUGUUCCUGCAACGAAGGAUACGCAAAGGAGAGUGAGAACAGAUGUGCUCCCAUUUGUAAGGGCGGAUGUGAGAACGGAUUCUGCGAGUCUCCCGGAAAGUGUUCCUGCCACGAAGGAUACACAAAGGAGAGUGCGAACAGAUGUGCUCCUAUUUGUGAGGAUGGAUGUGAGAACGGAUUCUGCGAGUCUCCCGGAAUGUGUUCCUGUAAAGAAGGAUACGCAAAAGAAAGUGAGAGCAGAUGUGCUCCCAUUUGUGAGGACGGAUGUGAGAAUGGAUUCUGCGAGUCUCCCGGAAAGUGUUCUUGCAACGAAGGAUACGGAAAGGAGAGUGAGAACAGAUGUGCUCCUAUUUGUGAGGAUGGAUGUGAGAACGGAUUCUGCGAGUCUCCAGGAAGAUGUUCUUGCAACGAAGGAUACGCAAAAGAGAGUGAGAACAGAUGUGCUCCCAUUUGCGAAGGCGGGUGUGAGAACGGAUUCUGCGAGUCUCCCGAAAAGUGUUCCUGCAACGAAGGAUACACAAAGGAGAGUGAGAACAGAUGUGCUCCUAUUUGUGAGGACGGAUGUGAGAAUGGAUUCUGCGAGUCUCCAGGAAGAUGUUCUUGCAACGAAGGAUACGCAAAAGAGAGUGAGAACAGAUGUGCUCCCAUUUGCGAAGGCGGGUGUGAGAACGGAAUCUGCGAGUCUCCCGGAAAGUGUUCCUGCCACGAAGGAUACACAAAGGAGAGUGAGAUCAGAUGUGCUCCUAUUUGUGAGGAUGGAUGUGAGAACGGAUUCUGCGAGUCUCCCGGAAUGUGUUCCUGUAAAGAAGGAUACGCAAAAAAAAGUGAGAGCAGAUGUGCUCCCAUUUGUGAGGACGGAUGUGAGAAUGGAUUCUGCGAGUCUCCAGGAAGAUGUUCUUGCAACGAAGGAUACGCAAAAGAGAGUGAGAACAGAUGUGCUCCCAUUUGCGAAGGCGGGUGUGAGAACGGAUUCUGCGAGUCUCCCGGAAAGUGUUCUUGCAACGAAGGAUACGCAAAAGAGAGUGAGAACAGAUGUGCUCCCAUUUGUGAGGACGGAUGUGAGAACGGAUUCUGCGAGUCUCCCGGAAAGUGUUCUUGCAACGAAGGAUACGGAAAGGAGAGUGAGAACAGAUGUGCUCCUAUUUGUGAGGAUGGAUGUGAGAACGGAUUCUGCGAGUCUCCCGAAAAGUGUUCCUGCAACGAAGGAUACGCAAAAGAAAGUGGGAGCAGAUGUGCUCCCAUUUGUGAGGACGGAUGUGAGAACGGAUUCUGCGAGUCUCCCGGAAAGUGUUCUUGCAACGAAGGAUACGCAAAGGAGAGUGAGAACAGAUGUGCUCCCAUUUGUGAGGGCGGAUGUGAGAACGGAUUCUGCGAGUCUCCCGGAAAGUGUUCCUGCAACGAAGGAUACGCAAAAGAAAGUGAGAACAGAUGUGCUCCCAUUUGUGAGGACGGAUGUGAGAACGGAUUCUGCGAGUCUCCCGGAAAGUGUUCCUGCAACGAAGGAUACGCAAAAGAAAGUGAGAACAGAUGUGCUCCCAUUUGUGAGGACGGAUGUGAGAGCGGAUUCUGCGAGUCUCCCGGAAGGUGUUCCUGCAACGAAGGAUACGCAAAGGAGAGUGCAAAGAGAUGUGUUGCCAUCUGCGAGGGCGGAUGUGAGAACGGAUUCUGUGAGUCUCCCGGAAAGUGUUCGUGCAUCGAAGGAUACGCAAAGGAGAGUGAGAAAAAAUGUAUUCCCAUCUGCGAGGGCGGAUGUGAGAACGGAUUCUGCGUGGCGCCUGGGCUGUGCUCGUGUAUCGAAGGUUACAUCAGGAUCAGAGAAGGCACCUGCAAGCCCUAUUGCCCAAAUGGAUGUUUUAAUGGCUCCUGCGUCGCUCCCAAUGUUUGUAAUUGCGAGAAUGGUUCUGUCUAUGAGUUCUCGUCAGGAAUGUGUGUCCUUGAGAAGAAUGAUUUCGCUGACGGCCGAAGCACAGAUUAUCUUGGAUCUGCCACCUCGACUACUAGCUGGUACGACGAAUCCACGGAUUCAGAGCUUUCCUCCUCGAUACCCGAUCUGUUAUUUUGGUGCGAGAAGUUCUGCUGGAACGGGACGUGCAUUGAGGAGCAGUGUACUUGCGAGCCAAACUACAAGCUUCACAGAGACGAAGGGGACGAUGGACGGCUUCUGUGCCUCCCAAUUUGCGAGAUGGAGUGCAUCAACGGGUACUGCCUGUUUCCCGGAAUGUGCGCUUGCUUCGAUGGUGCCGAGCCGGCUGCCGGUUACCUGUGCCAGCAUCUAGACGGAUCGGGCACGGGGGAGCAAUCCUAUGGCCAGAUGAGCGGCAAAAACCGAUUGAAAUGGCUGUUCAUUGCGAUCGGGAUCGUUGCGGUGGUUUUGUCCAUUGUCAUUGCGUUUCUGAUGUGUUAUAUCUACAAGAAGCGUAGCUAUCGAGUGGACAAGAACGAAAAAGAAUUUGGAGUGUACUUUUCUGCGAAUAAGGUAGAUGUCAUUCGAGCUUGAUCUUCAAUUUUAAGAUCACGCAAUUCUCUCAUUAUUAAAUAAAGUUUAAAGUGAUAAGAUGUUUCGCUCA